AGGGAGUAUAUGUUUGUGACAAUUGAGUUUUUUUUUUUGGACUCAAUAAAAAGCUUUGCGCGAGGAAUUCGCCGCCACCUGUUUUCUUCCAUCUAGCCGGCGGCGGUGGGGUUCGAUGUUACAGAGACAUUUAUUCUGCACCAUCGCCGAAGCCAAUUUGCACCCGAACUCCAACGCCGUUCAGAACUGCGGUAAAUGGGGCAUCAAGCAAGUCACCAAGUCCAACUUCUCCGAGUCACUGGACGAGAUCGGAGCCCGAAUCGCCGAUUCUGACUUCAUCGCCGUUUCCUUACAGACGACCGGAGCUUACUCUUCUCCAUGGAAGCGUCAUCUCCCAUUCGACACCGCCGAAAUCGGUUAUCUCAAAGCCAGACACGCCGCCGAAAGGUUCCAGAUUCUUCAAUUCGCCGUUUGCCCUUUCUCCUUCCGGGCCUCCAAAGUCAUUGCUCACCCAUACAAUUUCCAUUUGUUCCCUCGGGAUGAGUUGAAAGUUGGGUUGCCUUCUUAUAGUUUUUCUUGUCAGCCAUCUUAUUUGGUAUCACUGGCUCGUGAAGGCUUCGACUUCAAUGCUUGCAUAGCUGAUGGCAUAUCAUACUUAUCCAGAGCACAAGAACUAGCUGCAAAAGAUCAUUUUAGGAAUCCAUCAGCUCCCAGCUGUACAAUUUUAUCUCCACCAUCCCGAUCAGUGGCUGAUUCUAUAUUUGUAGAAAGGAUCAAAUCCCGAGUCAAACAUUGGAUAGAUGCUUGCAAUGAUCUGGGCAAGAAACCCGAAGAUGUUUUAAUUAGUUCAUUGAGGAGAAUGAUCUCUGCAAUUGAAGUGCAUGGUUCUAGGCCUUGCUUGAACAUAGAUACUUGCAGUCAGAGACAAGUGAAUCUUGUGCUAGAGACACUGAAGCAUUUCGUUGAUGUUGUACCUCUACUAAUUCCAGCAAAUGGAAGUGGAAUACAAACAGUCCGAGCAAUCUUGACAAGUUCACCAGAAGACAAGGAUCUUUUUGAGAAUGAACUUCAAGACAUAGGAAAGGAACAUAACAAGCGUAUUCGUGGCUUUCGUGAAGUGGUUGAACUGAUUGCCAGUUCUCAGAAGCCUGUUGUUGCCCACAAUUCAAUGAAUGAUUUUACAUUUAUUCAUUCGAAAUUCCUUGCUCCAUUACCAUCAACCUUGGAUGAAUUUAGAAACUCAUUGGGCUCUGUCUUUCCUCACAUUCUUGACGUGAAACAUCUUAUUAAGGAGCUUGGCUUUCAGAAGAAUUUGAAUAAUGUAUAUGUGGCUACAUCUUACCUCAAUAGCAGGUUUUUUGCCCCAGUACAAGUAGAGAGUGCCCACCAAGCUAUGUCAACUGAUGCAGACAAAAUCAGGAGUCAAGGCCACAGUGUUGUAAAGAUAAGCGAGUUAUUCGCGAAGUUGUGCUUCAUUUUGAAAAUUGACCCAAAAACCCCUAGAGCCAUUGAAGAGGGCCAUCCCCAUUUGCCUCCGGCUCUAAAAUGCUACGCAAAUAUGUUCGAUUCUUGCUCAACCAGUUACCAGGGUUCUACUAAUGAAGAAGAAGAAGAAGUUAGACUAUGGGCAAAACGACGCGAAAGAGUUAGCAGCAAAAACAUGGUCUUCCUGUGGGGAUUUCAGAGUGGGAUUUCUACUGGCCAGUUGAAAAGACUUCUGCACGGGAAACAUGAAGUCUUCGCGGGUGAAUAUGAUGUUCGGCUGGUGGAUGACAGCUGUGCAGUUGUUGUUUUCUGGAAUCCAGGCUUCUCUGAAGCCCUCUUGGAAGCAAUGGAUGCUUUGGGAGAUGGAUGUUCUAGUAGCUCAUGGAAGGAGAUGGUGUCUGAAGGCAUUAGAGCUGCUAGUUAUGAUGCCUAUGUAAAAGUCUGCAAGUUAGAGCUAUGGAAACCAAGCUUGGCUGAUUCUUUAGACUUGGCUUUGGAAGAAGAUGAGUCUGAAGAUCUCUCAGUGAUGCAUAAUGAUGAAAUGAUCAUCUACCUGGAUGACCUCUAAACAUUUCAGUUUUUUUUUUGUUUUUUUAUUUUUUGUAUUGUCUUCUUUACAAGAGUCAUCCUUUUACUGUCAUCUAUGAUAGCUCUCUCCUAGCUAAGCAAAUGUCUUGUUAUUGAUAGUUCAGGCCUUGAGCAUAGUGCUUUGUUGUAUUACCAUGUUUUUGAAAUUCUAGUUUUUUUUUGUUUUCAAAUGUCUUAACCACAAAUUUUGUUUAAAAAUUUGUUUUAUUAUAGUCCGUAUUAAUAUGCAAUAUACGGAUUAGUUUUUU